CGAGCUCUACAUUCUCCGCUGACUACGUGGCGGCGGCUGGAUCCGCAGGAUCACAGGGCGAAAGGGGAAGGAGGAGGAAUAAACAUCGGGAGCCGGCGGCGGCAGCAGUGUCUGUUCCUGGCGACUCGGUGGAGAUUCCCCGAGGAUCCCGGAGGAGUGUCUAGGACAUCACCACCAACAGGACAGACCCAGCAGAGGUGGCAGCACAGCCGUAUACAGUCAAGGGGGAGUUGCCCUGGGAGUCCUCAACUGUCGACUGUCACCCCCAUGAAGUCUCAUGGCAUCAAGUCAAACACGGUGAAUGGACUGGUGUUGGUCUACCUCAGCCUGGGAUCAAGAUGGUGGGACAGAAGCGACUCUGGAUUCUUGUGGUCAUCUUUUGUAUAUUAUUUCCGUCACUGUCCAAUGCAGAUAUUCACAGAGCCAAUGCCAAGAAACUGGCCCGAAAGGCAGCAGCUGCACAAGCUGCCGUUGGGAGCCAUAGGUGGUGCCCCGAAAAUGUGUUUGAACUCCGCUCAUGGUCCGAACUAUUCUCUGGAGAGCGUGUUGAUGCCUGGAUCUGCUCUUUGAUUGGCUCGGUGAUGGUUGGGCUCAGUGGUAUCUUUCCUCUCCUCGUCAUCCCAAUUGAGGCUGGGGCAGCGCUGAAAUCUAAAGAUGGAUCCCAGCGUUUGAAACGGUUGCUGAGUUUUGCUAUUGGUGGGCUGCUCGGGGAUGUCUUUCUGCACCUAUUGCCUGAGGCAUGGGCCUACACCUGUAAUAGUAAUCCAGAUGGAAGCCACAGUCGUAAACAGCAGAGGAAGUUGGGUUUGUGGGUGAUUGUCGGAUUGCUUGCCUUCUUCAUUUUGGAGAAAGUCUUUCCAGAUAAAGAGGAGGAUACAGAGUAUCACAAAACCAAGAAGACAUUGCAGAAUGGGCAUGUUUGUGUGGAUAAGGCAAUCAAACACCAUAAAAAUCGAAAACUCAUUCCCUCUGCCAGCACUCAUCGCAAUGGUUCUUGUGUGCAGCUUACUAACGGCCACUGCCAUAGCUCCACUCUGCAGCUUAGGGAAUCCACUCAGCCUGUCCAAGCCAUCAAGAUUAGUGGGUACCUGAACCUUGUUGCCAAUGGUAUUGAUAACUUCACACAUGGCCUGGCAGUGGCUGGGAGCUUCCUUGUCAGCAGAAAGGUUGGACUCACAACAACCCUGGCCAUCCUCCUCCAUGAAGUUCCACAUGAGGUCGGAGAUUUUGCCAUCCUGCUCAGGGCAGGAUUUGAUAGAUGGAGUGCAGCAAAAAUGCAGCUGACAACUGCGUUUGGAGGAGUGCUGGGGGCCUGCUUUGCCAUGUGUGCACAGUCUCCAGAAGGGGCAGGGGACAGCGUAGCUUGGAUUUUACCAUUCACUUCAGGAGGAUUUCUGUACAUUGCUCUGGUUUCUGUGGUACCUGACCUCCUUCAGGAAAAGGAUGUGUGGAACUCAGUGUAUCAGAUGUUGCUGCUGUUCAGUGGGAUCGGAGUCAUGAUGCUGGUCUCUGCCAUUAUCUGAGGUCCAGACCAGAGUGCCAUUUCAGUACAACCUAGGGAAGGUGACCUGCAGACAACUGAUCAAGAUACUGUACAAGUAUGAAAAAAAUAAUGAUGUUCUUCCCUCAAGUCUAAAUGGAGCAAUGCAAAAUGACUCGUAAACUCCAGUAAAAUGCUGAACCAAAGAAAAAUGCAAUAAACCAGAUGUUGCACAACUAGGAACAGCCACUAUACAAUUGAUGGUGCUUCAGUGUCAGACAACCAAGCCCUUGGCUUACCUAACCAAGUUUGUUGCUUUGUUGUAAGUACUCGGCAAUUUUUGAGUCCUGCUCUGCACAGACUGGUCCCCACUGUGUUCCCCACUCCACACUCUUCAUUCAGAAGGAGCAUAGGAAAUGUGCCUUGUCAGUUGUUUGACUGUUGAUUUGAGAUUGCUGCCUGGAGCUUGGACAUUGCUUCUCAACACAGGUCAGACUUCGACAGGUUAAAGCACUGGGAUGCUGCAAUAAGUAUUGUUACCAUUACUGAAAUACUUCCACUUGCAGGUGUCUGCCCAACCCAUGUCUUGCCUCAGUAUGCUCUCUGAAUCAGGUUGGGGUCAGGAAGAUCUCUCGGAGGAACAACUGGCACCUGUAAUUGGAGUUGUGUCCUUUCUGCUGGACCACAUCAGGCUCAAUGACACCCAUUUCUCUUAGAUUGUGUUACCAGAAUGUAACAAACUGGGAGGAAAUGACCUGAGCCUGAUGACGCUAACAACUAUCUUCCUCGAUCUUAUUCUCCAAGCACUACCCGUCUAUCUUCCUCAGUCUUAUAGUUCAAACACGAGCCGUCUGUCCUCCUCGAUCUUAUUCCCCAAACGCUAGCAGUCUGUCCUCCUUGAUCUUAUUCCCCAAAUACUAGCAGUGUGUCCUGCUCGAUCUUAUUCCCCAAAAACUAGCAGUCUGUCCUCCUUGAUCUUAUUCCCCAAAUACUAGCGGUCUGUCCUCCUCGAUCUUAUUCCCCAAACAGUACCAGUCUGUCCUCCUCGAUCUUAUUGUACAAACACUACCAGUCUGUUCUCCUCAAUCUUGUUGUACAGACAGUACCAGUCUGCCCUCCUCGAUCUUAUUGUACAAACACUACCAGUCUGCCCUCCUCAAUCCGAUUCCCCAAACAGUAGCCGUCAAAUCACCUCACUUCUAUUCCCAAACAUGAGCCAUCUGUCCUCCUCGAUCUUAUUCCCCAAACGCUACCUGUCUGUCCCCAUCGAUCCUAUUCUCCUAAUAGUUACUUGAAAGUCCCCCACAUUUCCACGGUACUCAUAAUCACAUUGUGUUAAUUUCUUUAUGCCUAACAUAUGGGUGAUGGUUUCAGCACAUUGGGUGGUUGGUUACCACAACCAAAAGGACUCUGCUGAAAUCUGCUGUUGAGCACAUCAGCCAGGAAUUACAGCCAUAAUGAUGCUUUUGGCGUGUGGCAACAGCCCAUCUACUACAUCGCUUUAACCAGGCCAUCAGAGGAAUCAAACUCCUUUGGUUAUCAGUACUGCCAUAUUAGCGAAAUCAGUCGUUAGGAACGUAGAAACAUUCCUCAAUCUGGGUAUUCAGAUGAAGCCUGUGGACUGACUGUUACUACCAGCUGUUGGUGUUAAUGGUGCUGUCUGUUCUAGUGUGAGGCUGUUGCUCAUUGCACAGGGAUCAGAUCUUCAGUACCUCCCAGCUAUAUACAGAGCCAUCAAUGAAAUUAACUCUCCGCACUUUCUCCUAUUUCUUGAGGCAUAGAUUUAUUUUAGGUAUUCUUUUUAAAGCCAUUUUAUGUAUUUUCAUUUUACUUGUAAAUAUUUAGCAUGAAAUAUUUAAAUAAACUAUGCAUAUUCA